AUGCCGCAGAACGAGCCGUGUUCAUGGUGCUACGUGAACUUGCACCGCAUGAAGCAGUCGUCGCCUUACUCUAUCUUCCAGUCCACGCUGGAGUCUCCAUAUCUCAAGGCACGACUCGAGUACAUUUAUAGCACCUCUGGGGUCGAGACUGGCCCCACGGACGUGCAGGAUCCGCAAUACGUGCCCAUCGAGUAG